UCGCUGUGGCUCCACAACACGGAAACAAGCAGCUCUGUUGCCCGAAGGGGAGGCUGGCUGACGAGGGUCUCUGCUGCCUGUCAGACGCCGACACGGGACGAGGAGAUAGCAGUGUUUCCCGAAACAGGAGUUGAAGAUAAAAAAAAUUAAAAAAAAAAAACAAUCCUGGUCAAAAUGAGCUCCGAGGUUUUCUCGUAUGAGAGUCUGGUCCACGCAGUGUCCGGAGCGGUGGGCAGUGUGACUGCAAUGACGAUCUUCUUCCCUCUUGACACUGCCAGACUGCGCCUGCAGGUGGAUGAAAAUAGGAAGGCCAAAUCAACUCCAGCCAUUCUGGCGGAAAUUAUCAAAGAGGAAGGCCUUCUAGCCCCGUACAGAGGUUGGUUCCCCGUCAUCUGCAGCCUGUGCUGCUCCAACUUUGUCUACUUCUACUGCUUCCACAGCCUGAAGGCGAACUGGCUGAAGGGAAAGCAGUCGGCUCCCAGCACUGACUUGAUCGUGGGCAUCACUGCAGGUAUUGUAAAUGUACUAAUUACCACGCCUUUGUGGGUGGUCAACACCAGACUGAAGCUUCAGGGGUCCAAGUUCCGUAAUGCUGACAUACAGAUGACCAACUACUCGGGGAUUCUGGAUGCAUUUGUGCAGAUUGUCCGUGAUGAGAGCGUGGGAGCUCUGUGGAACGGCACCUUCCCAUCACUGCUGCUGGUGCUGAACCCUGCUAUCCAGUUCAUGAUUUAUGAGGGCCUGAAGAGGCAGCUGAGGAGAGGAGUUCCCAGGGAGCUGUCAUCUGUUGAAGUCUUUAUCAUCGGCGCUGUGGCCAAAGCUGUGGCCACUGCUGUUACAUACCCACUGCAGACUAUACAGUCCAUUCUCAGGGGUCGCGGGGGGUCGCUGGAGCCAAUCCCAGCUAACAUUGGGCGAGAGGCGAGGUACACCCUGGACAGGACGCCAGACUAUCACAGGGCCAUCAAAUUUGGACAAUACAACAAGUCAACAAACCAGUCCAAAUUCCUGUCCAGUCUAAGGACUGUUAAGUGUCUACUGGUCAAUAGAGUCAGGAAGCAUGGCAUGGUGGGUCUGUUUAAAGGCCUGGAGGCCAAGCUGCUGCAGACAGUGCUGACUGCUGCCCUCAUGUUUCUUCUCUAUGAGAAGAUCGCCAGCUGUACCUUCAGCAUCAUGGGACUGAGCAACAACUACAAGAAACGCUAGUGAGACACUUCUCUGCCAUGGACCCUCGGCUACACUAAGGCACUGACAAUGAAUCACUACUUAUGGACCACAUCAUGAUGAGGUCGUGGAAAUCUGCCAUUUGACACUAGAAACACAAAGGUCAUUAUCAUAGUUAUUAUCACAUGUUAUUAUCAUAAUCAGAUGUGCUGUUCUCUGUGUUGGUGGGGCAUCACACAGAGCAGGUUAUAUGUUUGUACAGGAAGAGGCAGUGCUGAACAUUUGUCAUUUAUGAGCCAAUUUACUGAUACUGAAUAUAACAUGGGGCUGAAACUCUACUACAUUUUACAGUUUGCAUCCAGGGGUUUUGCUAACAAAAUCACCUGCUGAGUUUUGUUUUGAGUGUUUGAAGGCAGUCUGUGGUUCACUCAUUGAAAUACAGCAUCAGUCUCCUCCCUCGUUGUUAUAA